AUGCAUCAAAGAAAUUCAACGUUGGGAAGGCCUUCUGGAACCGAUGGAUCCGAUUAUUCCUACCGUAUGGUAGUUGAUUCAAGGUAUCAACUUGUUGCAAAGGGGAAGAAACGCCUCUCUGUGUUGUUUAUCAUUGAGGCUUUGUUUUUGUUAAUAGGAGUUCUAUUUGCAGUUUUAAGAGGAAAAACAGAUGGUUCAACAAACACAGUUGCCAUUUCUUCUCUUAUUGCUAGUGUUAUUCUAUUAAUCAUCGCGGAAUUAGGUAGAAGACGAAGCCGGUCAAGUUUCUUGAGAUUAUACACCGUUCUAUCUUCUUUAGCAAUGCUUCUCUUCUCUGCUUCUCUUGCUAACCAGUAUUCUCUGUUGAAGGUUAUCCAGUAUUUUGGUAAUCGGGGAACAAGCAGUUUUGAUACCAAUUUUCCCAGUCUUCAAACUGGUCUGUUGGUGUAUGUACUCACGUUAUCUCUGUUCAAGGUUAGUAUCAUCAAAGCGGUUGUUUUCCUUCUUUUUAACAUGACGCCUCCGAAGAAAGCCUUUUAG